AGAACCCCGGCUGCUGGGCUGGGAAGGGCCUGUUCGUGCGCUGGUUUUGCCUGCCCCGCAGAGUUUAGCAUUAGGCUGUUGAGAACAGCCGUUGUUCCUGCCAGGACGAGGGCGUUCUUUGCUCCUCGGGACGUGUCUGUGGGCACAGCUGCUUCUGGAACGAUCCUCAGGGAAUAGUAGCAGCCUGCUGGGCCUGGGGGCUUAGCCCAAAACUGCGUCACAGGGACAAAAACAUGUUACCCAGCGAAACCUUUUUUUUUUUUUUUUGACACAACUUGGGGAAAAACAGUUAAGCCAGUAGGAGGUCUGGGCCAGGCUUUGCACCUUUACUAGGAACUGCAGUAAAGCCUCAGCAGGUGGGAGCUUCCCUGGAGCUCGGGCAUCUGGCCGCAAUCGCUGUCCUUUGCCACGGGGACUGGCAGUUUUAAGCUCAGACGGCUUUUUGGCGUGUGAAGUAUACGUAGCGACCGUCCCGCUUCUGCUUCGUGUUGGAAGUUACCGUGAUGGAACAAUGUUGUGCAAAGUUUGGGUAGGGAGAGCGGCAGGCUAUGGCAGGUGGUGGCCAGGAGGCAAGCCUGCUCCAGGUGCAGAACCCAGGACAUACCGCAGAUAUGAAUAUAUUUUUAGAUGAUCCAGAAUUUGCAGAAAUUAUUCUGAGAACAGAACAAGCUAUAGAGUGUGGAGUUUUUCCAGAAAGAAUCUCUCAAGGAUCCAGUGGGAGUUACUUUGCUAAGGAUCCAAAAGGGAAAAUUAUUGGAGUGUUCAAACCAAAAUCUGAAGAGCCUUAUGGACAUCUAAAUCCAAAAUGGACCAAAUAUUUUCACAAAGUUUGCUGUCCUUGCUGCUUUGGCAGAGGCUGCCUUGUUCCAAAUCAGGGAUAUCUCUCCGAAGCUGGUGCCUAUCUUGUGGAUGAGAAGCUGGGGCUUGGAGUUGUACCUAAAACUAAGGUUGUCUGGCUUGUCAGCGAGACCUUUAAUUACAGUGCAAUAGAUCGUGCUAAGUCAAGAGGAAAAAAAUAUGCUUUAGAGAAAGUGCCAAAAGUUGCUAAAAAAUUUAACCGAAUUGGACUACCUCCUAAGGUUGGCUCCUUCCAGCUGUUUGUUGAAGGAUAUAAGGAAGCUGACUACUGGCUCAGGAAGUUUGAAGCUGAUCCUUUACCUGAGAACACAAGGAAAGAAUUUCAGUCACAGUUUGAAAGACUGGUUAUCUUGGAUUAUGUCAUCAGAAAUACAGACAGAGGUAACGACAACUGGUUAGUCAGGUACGAAAAACAAGAUGAUGGACUUGAUCUGUCAGAUAAGGAUAGCCAAUGGACUUUAACUAAAGAAUCUAUUAAAAUUGCUGCAAUUGACAAUGGUUUAGCGUUUCCGUUUAAACAUCCUGAUGAGUGGAGGGCAUAUCCCUUCCAUUGGGCUUGGCUUCCUCAAGCAAAAGUUCCUUUCUCUCAGGAGACCAGAGAUCUCGUUCUUCCUCGCCUUUCUGAUAUGAACUUCGUGCAGGACCUUUGUGAGGACCUUUAUGAGCUGUUUAAGACUGACAAAGGAUUUGAUAAGGCUACUUUUGAAAACCAGAUGUCUGUUAUGAGAGGGCAGUUUUCAGCAGGAUGACAUUGAACAUGGAGUAAGUUAUGAGGGCAGUCCAUGGGCACUGAAGUUUUGGAAGAAAGAUGGCAGACUCCUGGGAGCUGAGGGCUGAAUUUGGGUCUUAGCACUGGAAUUCUUAUGAGCUUAUUAUAUGGCUUCAUAUCUUCUGAUAAGAAAAUAAUUUGUAGCUAAACUGCUAGUACAUGCUAUGUUAAAUCAUGGUGAUGGCUUUCUUAGAGGUAUUUUUUCACUAGUGGUGCAGUGCUUUCAAGAGAUGUGCUAAAUUUAAAAUGCUCUUAGAUUUGUCACUCUUUUUUUCUGAAAAUUUGGAGAGGUUUGCAUGAAAUAGUCAGGAAAAGAAUGGAAGGGUAGACAGCAGUAGGAUGUGUUCAUGUUACCAAAUAAAUAAAAUAUUUCUACUUGCAAUAGGUAUCUUUUGAAAUUAAUUUAUUCAGCAGUACAGUCCGUUACAGAUUUGAUUAAAGAGUGGCAUCUAAAAUUAUAAGCCUGUUAGCCACAGUUUUAUUUGUGCACCCUAACCUCACCUGCUUUUACUCU